UUACUAUACUAGAGAUAUUAAAAUUGAUAUUUUCAGUUUUAAAUAUGCAUUAGCUUACAGUGCAUCUAUUACAGAAUUUGCUACAAAUGCCUUAUCAAUGAGUCUUUGUAAUUUUCUUUUUAUUCUUUGGUAUAAAAUAAAUGGUGAUUUUUUUCAUAGAUUAAUAAUUUAAGGAUUAAAUUAUCAUUUAUUAACUCAGUAGUGGCUAAGCGAUAGUCAAACAUAAUUUUGAUCCCUUUUUUUUGUAAAAUUAAUGUAUUAUUACAUAAGCAUAUUACCAGCACGAUAACUAAAUAGAAACUAACCGGGGAAGGGAAACAAGAUUCGAUGAUGCUCGAUGACUUUCUCCCUCGUUCGACACGAAUCCGUGUCAAGGGUUGGUGAAGCAUAUGUGUAUCCAUAUGAAUAUGACAAUGACGUCACCGAAUGACGUCAGCACCGUUACAAGUUUCUUCCGAGCUACUAUAUAAUUUAUGUAUUCGUGAAUACUGUUAUGUACUGUAUGUAAUUUAGAUCAUGCGAUUUACAUAUGUUAACUUAUGUAUUCCGUUGACGAAAAAACACGUAAUCGAAGGACGUAAAACAAAAUUCCAACGCGAUACAAGUUGGACCUAUUUAGUCAAUUUUCCUUCGCAAUUUGUUAUUUUUAGCGAUAUACAAAUUUCGUUAAUACAUAGCGAUAUAUUGUGGCGCAUUUAAAUAGGUACGUUAUUCGUAGUCUUUCGAAAAUAUUCGUUGAGAUGUUAAUUUUCAGUAUACCACGAAACACGGCUAAAAAGCAACGUGUAAAGUAACAGAAUGAACGAAUUAAAAACAGCAAUUUAUGAAAGAAAACAGGAUAUACCAAAGGUCAUUGAUUCAAUGAUUACUUGAAUCUUGAAUAAUAUCAGUUUUCUUCGCGACGAAACCACAGACGAAUUUAAUUUGUGGUUGAAUGACGCAUGGUCUCAUAAUAAUAAUAAAGAUUGGAUAUCAAAAGAGUGAGAACAAAAAAUGAAAACUAGCUGGUAUCAAAAAUAUUUGUAAAUUCACAAAUACAAAUGAAGUAUGAAGUUGAGCUAAUUUUGAACGAUAAAAUCUUAUAAUUCAUACAAUCAAAACAAUGCCGUUAAUGAUGAAUAAAUAAUCAAUUUCGAUCGUUAACAAUUCUAUCGGUAAUCGUAACAUUGCUCGUGAGAUCUAAAUAAUUUUACGACUUCGUAAUGUUCAUGGAAUAAUACGUAAUAAUGGAAAAUUGUUAUGUUACGAACAGGUUAUAUUGACACAGCUGCGCAACGAAACUGCGGGUGUAAUUAAACAAAUUGAAAAUUACGUUGAAAUUACUACGUCUCACAAUUGACAGUUCGUAACAUUACAAAUUACACGCGGGAUACGCAGUGGUUCGCUGUAAUAAAAUAAUAUACGAUAGCGCGUACAGUACAUUUAUUCAAGGACAUCAUUUAAAACGAAUUAUCGGAGAUCUAGAAACUAUUUCUCCUUAUGAACGAGUCGAUCGCAUGAUUGUAAAUUAUUGUUAGUAGAUUUGGAAGAUGCGACUUUUCAUUGACUUUGAAGAAAAUUUUCAGAAAAAGCCAAUAGUGUCGAUAUCGUUCGCGCACGACGUUAUGGUUUCCGUCACUAUCCGAUGCACGAUCAGCUUACGAGAGGGUAGAGGGAAACGGUCCGCCAUUUUGAUCGUGACGCGCAGCGCGGAGGUCGUGGGCUCCACCAGUGACGAAGCCACUGGAGUUUUGACGUGGCUGCUACGUACCUGCCCGUUUGCCCACUCCGAUUGCAGCAAAGUUGGUGACGAGAAAUACGUAACUGGGUUUGAGGUUCCCAGGCUAUGGAAAGUAUGGUUGAAGAAAAUGGAUCAACUGUUGACCCAUUGGCUACAGGUCCCCAAGAUGCGGCACCAGCAAUAGCUACAUCGGUACAAUCUCUCAAUAGAACACAUCAGCAGCAAACUCAUCAUCUGGUAGCUUCUACCAGCAUUGUGCAACUGACGCUACCUUCGUCAGGAACAACACAGGUACAGUCUGUUAUACAACCUAAUCAGCAAUCAGUAAUUCAGACUGCAACAAAUAUUCAACCUGUUGCUAUUUCAAAAGGAAAUGUUAUUCUUGUUAGUAAACCCAACUCUGUUAUUCAAACAGCUCAAGCAAGUUUGCAGACACUUCAGGUGGUCGAGACAGGUAGCGAUGAUAGUUUCUCGGACUCUGAAGAAUCGCCAGAACAGAGAGGAGGUAUUCUUACCAGACGUCCGUCUUAUAAGAAAAUUCUCAAUGAUUUAGGUGGCGGUGAAAUUACAGACGGUCGAUUGCCCCCUCUAGAAUCAUCUUCUGAGUGUGAUUCUAACGUGGACAGUGAAGUAUCUUCCCACUCGCUCCAUUAUCAGACAGUAAUUCCCGCUGGUACCAUUCAAAUUGCAACCCAAGGAGAGGGUGUUCCAGGACUUCAUACGUUAACUAUGAGUAACGCAGCAACAGCGGGCGGAGCUAUAGUACAGUAUGCGCAAGGUCAAGAUACACAGUUUUUUGUCCCAGCUUAUACAGGACACGGUGUUGUAGUAGAGGAUGCGGCUAGAAAAAGAGAAUUAAGGUUGCUUAAGAAUAGAGAAGCAGCGCGCGAGUGUAGAAGGAAAAAGAAGGAGUAUAUAAAGUGUUUAGAAAAUCGUGUUGCAAUAUUGGAAAAUAGAAAUCAGACGUUAAUAGAGGAACUAAAAUCCUUAAAACAGCUAUGCGAGCCGAAAACUGACUGAGGUUGGUGUUUAAUGUUGAGACAUUGUAUCAAAACUAUUAACCAGCUAAAAAAUCUGUACAUGUCUGUUUUGUGUACAUUAUCCUAAACGUUGUUAGGUAAGCAAUGGUGAUGUACAUGCAUUCUUAUAAAUAAGUGUUUCUGUAACAUAUUGUAUUUAAGUGCGAAUACGAAGGCUUGUGAAACUUGCUAUUACUAAAGCGAGAAGCCAAAGGUAUAUGAAAUACGAAGGCAGCAAAUAGGCAAUAUUCAGGAAGUCAAUCUAUAUUUUGGAUAAAUUUAACAAUCAUAUAAAUUCAUAUUGACGUUUACAUAUUCAAAAACCAUACAUUGAUAACAAAACAGUAACAUCAAUGUUUGAAGCACAUUCAUUUAGAUUAUAAUGAAUAUGUGACGUUGAACAAUACUUCGGCAAUGUUUUAUCUAUAAAUGAUUGUAUUUGUGUAGUUUUCCUCUACUUUAGGGAACUUUACAUUAGCGAAAGUUCGAGAGAAUUACGAAAAAUGAGAAAAUACGUUUACCUGUAGUCAAUUUAUAACAGAUAAUUUGUCGCUGUAACAAAUACUUCAAAGACGCCUUAUACAAACUAUUUGCUAAUGCGAUUUAGAAAUUACUAGGUACAAUCUACGAUUUAAAAAUCACAUAGUUUUUUGCAUAAAAGAAAGAUAUAUUUGUUAGGUAACAAUUUCUUUUUCAGUUUUUUGAUUUUUCUGUUGUAUUCGAAGGUAGAACUAUUGUCAAAAACGAAUCCAUUACGAGUUUUCGAAACUGUAAUAUAGGAUUGCAAAGAUCGAAGGUAAUUGUAAAUAGAUCAAAAUUUUACUGAUUUGAUCAUUGCUGCUGUAACAUGUAUGUGUAUAAAGUGUCUCCGCAGUAUAAUUUAUACUGUAGGAAAACAUGCUAUAGGAAAGCAGUAGUUGAAAUGCUUUCGUUUUAUUUUACUUUGUAUUUUAAGAUGCCUCAAGUGCGAAAAACUGAAGAACAGAAUUUGUAAAAUAUGAAUGUAAUAUAUAUCAGGAGUGCCUUGAAGAUUUCUGUAUACUUAUGAGUAUACAAGUGACAUGCACACGCACGUGUGUUAAACACGAUACACGCGCGCGCAUUACACAUGACACAUACACACAGCACACACAAAAUGUAUGUAUGAAAUUACGUUUUAGGUAAAUAUGGGUACAUACAAUAUUUUUAAACUAUCUAUUACGUUAUACAUACAUGUCCCGCGUAAAACUCAUUAAGUUGCGUUAUGCGAUUUAAAUUUUUAUUCUCAUAUUUUCUAAAAUUGAAUGAAAUAUUUCAACUAUUAUUGUUAAUUUACGCGCUGUACUACAAAUUGCAUAGUGAUGCGAUUAAAUGAGUUUUAUGUGAAAGUAGGAGAAAAUUUAUAUUAUGUUCGAUUUCAUUAGAAAAUCUUUUUUUUUUGUAUCCUACGCAUAUUUACCAUCAUAGAAAAAAAAUUAUUCUUCAAUGCAUUUUUUCUUGUAGAAUGGAUACUCUAUGACCUAAGUUAAAAACUAUUCGAUGUAUAAUUUUGAUUGUUAUAUGUUUAUAAAAAGCAUACUUUCGUACACUAAAAAUCCAGUUUGAUCAUUCGUUAAUUUGAUAUUUUUCAAAGUAAAUGCUGAUAAAUCUAUAAAAAUUAUAAUUUAGUUUUGAUUUUGGAACAUGCUAAGAAAACUUAGAUUUUUACAGAAUGAGAUCGAAUUACAUAUUAUUUAUAUAUGUAUAUAGAUAUUCUUUUUUAUAAAAUGAAUUUUAAGAUGAUUGAUCAGACUGGAAAGAUUUUUAGUAUAACUUACAAACUUACAUGAUUUUUUGACAUUUUUCCUUAAAUUUUUGAAAGAUAAAUGCAAUUAUGCACUUCAACUAUACGUUCUUAUACAUGCUUGAUGUGUAACUUACAAUUAUACAGUUUUUAUUCAAACGGGAACUUAGAUAAUUUCCGAACUAUUCUCUAUAAACUGAAAGUACAAUGUACUUAUAGUGACGUUUUGUAAAAUAAAAACGUUUCACUAUAAGUUCCUUUUUUCAUAUGAAUUGAAAUUUUAUUUGAGAGAACGAAUUCUCUUCACAUUUUCAUCUGUGUUUUAAUGUUAAUCAUAUGUAUGAUAUAUGUAUAUCUUGAUUGCUGCACCGAUAUGAAAUAUUGUAUAUAGAUAAUAUAUGUAUUUUUACAUAUCAUCUGCCUUUAAAAAAUAUAGUUCAUAAACCUCUUUUAAGGUAGUAUUAUUUCUAUUAAUGAUAUGUAGUAAAAUGGAAAAGAGCAAAAGAUGGUAAAUAUAUUUUAAAUGUUUA